AUGGGCAUAGACAAUUGCUGGCACAGCGUGCUCGGAUGGCUGAUGUGCAUCCUCAAGGUCACCACACUGGUGUGGUCUGCGGUGUUCCUCUUCUGGAUGCGAGCCUACAGCAACAGCGUCGUCCCUUCUGGGGGAAGCUUCCUGGAGCUGUGGAUUGAGCCAGCGGCGGAGGUCCCGGCGGCAGACUCCAGCCUCAGCUACUGCACGGAUCCGGCUCAAUACGACUACAACUACAGCGAGCGCUUCAGCUACAGAAUGUCUGGCUGCGAACACCUGCCCUUCGGCGAAAGCUACGUCAAGGGAGAAGCCACUUUGUUUUUUCCCACAUCUCUGGACGAUACCUACGUCAUGACCUUCGGAUCGGGCAAAUGCUUCGACCAUGUUAAUGCAUCGGCUGUGGCAGAAGCAGAACUGCUUUGCCAGCAAGCUCAAGGCACACUCUUUUAUCUCAGGAGCCGGACGUCCAGCGCAGGAGGGAUAGCGUGUGAAUGCCGAAGGCAGCGCUCCUUCUUUGCUGCUGUUCCGGAGAAGCAAAGGUUCCUCCUGACGCACGGGUUCUUGGCGAGCAACAUGGGGGUUUUGGGCAAUGAUCGGAUGCGUGGGAGCACCCGCUUCUCUUCGAACCAGCAGAGCUCUGAUGGCCUCUCCUGGAGUGACAUGCAAGAUGAAGGGAUCUUGACUGUUAUCCAAGACGACCAGGGUCGCGAGUGCCUCAUUGGCGGCUCCUCCCGUUUCCAACCCCAAGAAUCCCGAUUGGGAAUUGGAGCAUCUAUAGAGGAGUGGCUGCGGUGUGCGGGGGUGGACUUGCAGUGGACUGAUCCUGGGAUCUCCGGCGGGUCUGCAGGCCCUGUCGCACGUCUGACCGGCUUGGAACUGGCAAUCGAACUGGAGUACCGCAACACGCACAACAUGAACUUCAAGGGAGUCGUGUGCUAUGCCCGUGUACGAGCCAUGCAGCGCUGGAAUACCCGACCAGUUCUUCACUAUGACUACAGCCGCAGCAACGGCGAGGAAUCCGCUUAUCGAGCGCGACUUCAACGGGGUGUGGAAGUCCGCUUCGCUGUACAAGGCAAGAUCGACUUCCUCGACCUCACGCUGCUGACCACGGCACUUUCGAACAUUCUGAGUCUCUUGACAAUUCUGCCCACCCUGGUUAUCAGCUUCAUUGCCGUCACCUUCCUAGGGCCGCUCUCCAACAUCUUCUAUGCCGCCAUGGAGAGCAACAUCAACGUGGCGCUAGACUGCCGAUCGAUGAUCACCCGGCUCAUGACCAGCGAGGCAGCUUUUGAGGAGCUCUGCAACAAGGAGGCGGCCUGCGACACUGGGAAGGAGAACAAGUUUACCAGAGGCCACAUGAAGCAGCUGAUGGACGAGAUCCUCAGAAAGGAAGAGGAGCUGCAGGACCGCGAGAAGGACCAUAUCGUGGAGUUCCUGAUGGAAGAGCUCCAGAACGAGGACAACAGCAAGCUUGUGGACAGAAUGAAGUACAUGAAGUUACACCACGCGCAUGACCACGUGCAGCUGGACGAUGUGGUGCAGCUCUUCGAUCACGAUCGGCAGAAGGGCAUGCUCGAGAGGAUUUUUCGUGACGACGACUUCCAGCAGAAGAAGCAGCAGUACCAACUGAAGAAAGAGGUUUCAGAAGCGAGAGACAUGCAAAGAGCACCGCCAGCAAAAGCAGAGAGCACAAGGCAGCAGCCCAUACUGAGCAGCGCGAUCGGCAAAGGCGAAGAUAUCGGCCGUCCUGAGGCUAGUGCAGCCUCGAACAUGCCGACGGCCAGAGCCUCUCCAGAGGAGAUUGUCCCUUGGAUGACUCCGGCUUAA